UGUUGCUUGUGUAAGCUUCCUCUGUGAUAAAUUUACUGUACUUUAUUUUAAAUUAGCUUCUGAGUUAGGCUCUUGGUGGGUUUUUCAUCAGUCAAUGACCAAUGCCAGUAAUAAAGUCCAGUCUCUAUUUAUGUCUUGGAGGACAAUUUAAAAAGAAGUAUUUUUAACAAAGGCUUAACAUUAAUUUAUUUCAAGUGUUAGGAGUUUGGAGAGAUAUUUACCUCCGUGUUCCAGUGGGGGGCAUCAAGCGUCUCUCCCCGGAGCACGUGUGACCUGCACCGCUGGAAUAAUCGAGCUAAAACCGGUUCUUGCCCGUUGUUCUGCAGACUGCGCAAACAGUGCGUAUGAGUUACGCAAACAACGUACAACUUUCUCGCGCGAGCGUAACUCCGAACUCUACGCUGUGCUCACGGUCUCACCGCAGGAACGUGUUUUUGAAAACUGUUGUGUAACGUACGCCUGCUGUUUCACCUCUACUUCAACAAACAUUGAUUGCUUGAAACGAAAAUACGCAAUCUUUUGGAGAUACCGGAAAACGGAACAACUGUGUGUAAGCUGUGUGUAAAGUGACAGAAAGCGCGAGAAUCAUGAUGAAGAUCAGUCCUCAUUCACUCUUCUUCUUCGGUCCUUAACAGACAGUCUGGAAUCAAAGCUUUGGCGUCCAACACAUCACAACGGCCAUAGAAGAGGUCAAAAGGAGGGAGUUGAGCUCUUCCUCUGUUCAAACCUCAUCCUCCUCUCCAUCUGCAAUGGAGAUAGCCCUGCGGCAGCAGAAAGAGUGAGAGAGAGAUGCAAGAGAAAAACGACCCUCAGCCCAAAUCUGCCAGCAGCCUGGGAAAGGCUCAUCCUGCCCUGAAGGCCUUCAUGUGCGGCUCUCUCAGCGGCACCUGCUCCACUCUGCUGUUCCAGCCGCUGGAUCUGGUGAAGACCAGACUGCAGACCCUGCACAACAACAUGCACCCAGGUGCUCCUAAAGUGGGGAUGAUUACAGUCUUUUUCAACGUGAUCCGCACAGAGAAGCUGCUAGGCCUGUGGAAGGGGGUUUCACCGUCAUUCAUGCGCUGUAUCCCUGGUGUAGGGAUCUACUUCAGCACAUUUUACUCGCUGAAGCAGCACUUCUUCCAGGAUAGGUCUCCGAGUGCUGGGGAGGCGGUGUUGCUAGGGGCAGGGGCUCGUUGUGUGGCAGGUGUAGCCAUGCUGCCCAUCACAGUCAUUAAGACUCGUUUUGAGAGCGGGCGGUACAAUUACAUAAGCGUAGCUGGAGCCCUUAAAAGUGUGUGUCAGAAUGAAGGUCCCAGGGUUCUUUACUCCGGGCUCACAGCGACUCUGCUCAGAGACGCCCCGUUCUCUGGCAUCUAUGUCAUGUUCUACAGCCAGGCCAAAAAGGCUUUGCCAGAGGAGAUCAGCUCGUCCUCCUUUGUCCCACUGGUUAAUUUUGGCUGUGGUGUAGUGGCUGGUAUUUUGGCCUCUCUAGCCACUCAGCCAGCAGAUGUGAUCAAAACUCACAUGCAAGUGAGCCCAACGUUGUAUCCCAAGACCAGCGACGCUGUACGCCACGUUUAUGAGAAGCAUGGCUUGAGCGGGUUCUUUCGAGGAGCGGUUCCUCGUUCUCUGAGGAGAACCCUCAUGGCAGCCAUGGCCUGGACUGUGUACGAGCAGCUGAUGGCACGCAUGGGACUGAAGUCCUAAAGACACCCGACGCACUUUAUGUGUGGACCUGUUUGUGUCCGUUACAGGAGUGUGUGCUUUUGGUGAAAAGAUGGCGUUCUAUUAUCCUUGAAGGCUUGAUCAAAACAAAAGCAGCUAGUGUUGGCUGGGGUACUGGUAAUCGUAGGGUUGCGCGCACGUGUGUUUGUAUGUGUGUGUGUGUCUUUGUGUGUUCGUGUUUUCAGGUGCAGUGAAUCGUUACCCCAUGACAUUCCUAAAUUGCCACAUUGUGAGUUUGUCUGCCUUGUUGACGCCUGCAUAUUGAGACAGGGGUCUGCACUGAAGAAUACCAAUGAGAGACUGCUGAAUCAUGUGCUGUUAGCUCACAAGAAAACACUCCUUUUACAGGAAGAUGUCCCCCUUUUGGCAACUAACCUUAGAAUACCACAUGUCUCCGUGUCAUUAAAAAAGUGCCCACCUUUGCAGGGUUCUCAGAAACCCAUGAGUCUGUGGACUCGUGUGUCUGAGAUAGUUCUUAAGCAUGGUCCUCUGAGUUAAAUCCUUUUUAGUCAAGGAUGAGGCUUAGUGGGUGUUUAAGACUGGUCUUACAAAGACAUGUUGACAUAAUACUCCAGUGCUCCGACAAUCAGACCAAAUUACUCCAGAGCUGAGAAACUGAACUGACAACACAUGACUGUCUCAUCUCCAACAUACUCCACUCCGACUGUUAUUGCACGUCUCUAUGUGAUGAUUUGUGCCGUUCUGCUGAUUUCCUGUGCUGUGCGACUCUGUGGGUUUAUCAGUGCAUUCCAGUACACCGGGUUUUUUAUUUUCUUGAACGCUCGCUCCUGGGCACAAAGCCAGGAUUUGGAUUGAAUGAGACUUUGAAAGACCUGGAGAAACAUUUAAUAUUUAUUAAAGAAACGGGAGAACAAGUGUUAUAGUUCCUGAGAAAACAAUAUUUGAAGUGGAACGUAUCAGUGAGAAUUUACAAUACUUCGUUUAGCGUACUUGCAAAUGAAUUGUCAGAUCAUUUUGACCGACAAUUUGUCGUGUUGACCUUAGUGUGGUGCUCAGUGUGAACACAACAGUGUAAUGUUAAUUCCACAUGACCCAUAGGGGGAAUUUUAGGAAGACUGCCAAAAACAUGUCCGGGUAGCUGUUCACCCUUAAAAACUAUUAGGAUUUUUGGCAUUGAGGCAUUAUUUUUGUUUCAGUUAAGUAGUCCGUUCAUUCCACCAUGGUAGUCUUUUUCAUAUUGCCUUUAAAGUUUUUUUUUAAUCAGCAAAUUACAGUAAUUUGUAGUAUAAAACCUUUAAAAAGGGGAGAAAAAUUCUAAUAAAAUUACAGUAAUGUGUACUUAGGGGAAAUAUGCUUAAUUGUCUUGUAAAUAAUGUCACAGUGCAAAAUUCUUAAUGGAUCUGAAAUAGAUUUUGAUUUAUUUAAGCCAAAUAUAAUGUCUUUCUUUUGUUUUUGUUUAUUUUUUCCUCUUGAAAUUUUGGUAUUAAUAUCAUGUGGACAUGUUUUCAUGAAAUUCACCCCAUAAGCCUUUGGCUUUCUUGUUCUCUCAGUUGUCUUGGUGAUAGUACUUUGCCAUUUGCCACUUCCUAUACUUUGAGGGUUCGUACUGUAUGUGCACUGGUCAGUGUCGAUCCCAUAGGACUUGUACUACAGGAAUCAUUAUUACCAUAUACGUCAAAUGACUUUGAUCUUUUAAAUUUGAUAUACGCAAGUAAUUAUAAUUUCAUUUAGUUUGCUAAAUUCAGUUAACAAUUUGUUUUAAAAGUCCUUGAUUAAAAUGAAUUAGAUUAGCAAGAUUAUCUGCUGCAGGAGCCAAGUGAUACACUAGUUUUAUAUCAGUUAAGAGGGUUCUCAAGUUCCGGUCACACUGCACACUACAUGCAUAUAGUUUGUGAAAGUACUUUAAACUCAGUGAAGUUGACUGCAUUCAGACUGAAUCCGAGUGGUGUGUGUGUUGGUCACAUGUUGCUAUGUAAGCCAUUGUGCUUUGUGCUGGUCUGUGGAGAUACUCUUUUGCUUUCAUACAAUCAGUAUCCUCUCUUCAGCAUUUCUUAUGGCCAUUAUUGUUGAUAUUUUGUCUGUAUGUGAGAAUAUUUGCACAAGCAAAUGUCGUGCCUAUGUUAAUAAGUGAAUAAAUCUGGACUGUUUAUAAA